AUGUCCUGGGCGGCGGACUCUGCGGCGGCGCAGUUCCCAUUGUCAACGGUGAUGAAGCAGCAGGGCGCUCUCCCCGCUUCUCCGUUGUUUACCGCCCUCCCGGAGAAUCAUGUGCUUCGGGUGUUUCAGCUGGGUGCCCUGCAGACGCAGGCGGAGUUGGUAGAUUAUUUGCGCAGCAAUUUGUUUGAGAUAUUUGAUUUGGAUGCACUCCAAUCCUACCGCUACGCGUAUCAAGAGGAACUCAUGUUUGUGCUCGAUGCCAUCCUGUACUGGGGCUCCACAUGGAGACGUGCCCAAUCCAUAGGUGAUCGCCAGGGGAACCUCGUGUUUCGGGAUGAGAGGAAGGCGCUGGCGAGCGGGCAAUCCUCUGUGGUGAGGCUUGUGCCUUCUUUGGCACCGACGCGUGGCCGACUCCUUCUUUACGCCUUAUUGACCGUCUGCUUGCCAUACCUGGUGCGGAAGCUGCAGCGCAAAUCGUUGGAGGAGGACUGGGAACGUGGGAAUGCAGGCUCCUUGAAGGCCAAGAUAGCGAAGGCUGUUCGACUAGCAUGCGUGGCAUGGGCAGCUUUUUCGUUACUUCACAUGCUGCACUUUCUGGCCACAGCGCAAUACCGCACCCUUGUAGAGCGGCUGCUUUCACUCCGGCUGGUUUAUGGCAGUCAAAGCAUGCAUAGGGUGACAAACUUAAUGUACUUGAAUCAACAUGUCAUGUGGCAAACCUGCUCCUCCUUGUUGGCUGUUCUGAACAUUGGUCGGCACUUCAGUCGUUUGUCACACUCUUUGCGGGCCUUUACCUCGCCGGCGGCGGGCUCAGGAUUAAGCGACAAUGUCUGCUGCGCCUGUCAUGGCCACCCAACCAUCGGGCAGCGCUCGAACUGUAGACACCUCUACUGCUAUUACUGUAUUAAGAGCCGACUGCUGGAUCCCAAGCUCGCGGGGUCCUUCCGUUGUUUUCGUUGUGGAUCCACCGUGCACACGGCGGAGCCCUUGUAG